ACAACAGACAGACUGUCCGGCUGAAAUAGGAGAAGCUGCAGGCUUAUUUCUCUAGUUUAGACAGGGUUGAAAACAUUAGAUAUAACAAAGAAACAACAGCGUCCCAUGUGAGUGUAAUUUAGCUUUUAUUCUGUACAAAUUCAAGAGUCAGCGCUGAUAUUUCCAGCAGCUAACCUGUCAAGCUAGCAAACUAGAUACAACUUUAUUGAGACAUUUGAUCUUGCUGGUAAUACUGCGUAGAUUUAUCAUGAGUUGUCCACCCAUGGAUAGGUUUUCUGAUUGUUAAAGCAGAUUGUCAGUGUGUGCUGGGGUGAACUGUGUGUCCAGUAUGAGUGCACCAGCUGGGGACAGAGAGAUCCCACUGGACAAUGCAAAGGAAGAGAUCAGUGGCCCUGUCUGCACAGGAGAGAGCAGCAGACCUGACUCCGCAGUGUGUGCAGGCAGCAGUGAGAUAAAGAGCCGAGCGGUGGUGAAGUACUGCGCCGCCCCCCCCCCCACCAGCUAUGCCCUGCUGCAGGAGCAGACGGACCUGAAGCUGCCCCCUGCCAACUGGCUCAGAGAAAACCCCCAGCUGGGCAGCGCGGGCACCACCAUCCUGGGCUCCAGCAGCAAGAGCAAGCCUUUUUCCAGUUUUGGGAUGGCUUAUGAAUUCAUCGAUUGCAUUGGGGACGAUGUCGACGUGGUUUCAGACUCAGAGAACAUCAAGAAGCUUUUGAAAAUUCCCUACAGCAAGUCCCACGUCAGCAUGGCCGUUCACCGCGUGGGGAGGACGUUGCUUUUGGACGACCUGGACAUUCAAGAGCUCUUCAUGAAAUCCUCUCAGACUGGGGAUUGGACGUGGCUGAAAGAGUUUUACCAGCGGCUAAUAGAUCAGAAGUGGCAGAGGAAGAAGAAGAGUAAGGAGCACUGGUAUCAGAAAGCUAUCCUGUCAAAGUUCCUCUACUACAGUAUAAAUGGUGAUGGGGCUGCAGAGCCUGUCCCAGUCAACCCUGACGGAGAGGAGAAGGAGAGCGAGGCGGAGGAGUUCAGUUCCUCCUGGCCCACCGCCUUCACCAGCACCGCGUCUGACACUGAAGAGUCAGAUGCUCCCAAGCAGGUGCAGGAAAGUUUUUCUAUGGACAGCAUGUUUGCUCUGGACCAGGUGACGUCGGCACCCAAAGAGCAGCACCUCGCCAUGCUCUUCAACGAGGGGGAGAACAGUCAGGGUUUGAGAAACGACUUUGUGCGAAACAUCAUGUGGACGUUUGAGGAUAUCCACAUGUUGGUUGGGUCCAACAUGCCUAUUUUCGGAGGGGGUCGCUAUCCCGCCGUCAGUCUGAGACUCAGGUUGGUUUGCUCCCAUUAG